AAGGAUAAACUUCCUUUUCAGUCUUUAUAUACAAACCGUAACUCACUUUGUACGCAUUCAUCAUUUUGCUUCUGCCUCUUCGAAGACCGAAGCUUUCACUUUCGACCACACCGGAAAAAAAAUGCCAGUCGACGAAUCUACAGCGGUCGGGAAAACAGUUUGCGUCACCGGAGCUGGUGGAUACAUCGCUUCUUGGAUUGUUAAGUUACUACUUGAGAGAGGCUACACGGUCAAAGGAACCGUACGGAAUCCAGAUGAUCCCAAGAAUACACAUUUGAGAGAACUCGAAGGAGCCAAGGAGAGACUGAUUCUGUGCAAAGCAGAUCUUCAGGACUACGAUGCUCUUAAGUCGGCUAUCGAUGGUUGUGACGGCGUCUUUCAUACGGCUUCUCCGGUCACUGACGAUCCCGAGCAGAUGGUGGAGCCGGCCGUGAACGGAGCCAAGUUUGUAAUUAAUGCUGCAGCUGAAGCCAAGGUUAAGCGCGUGGUAAUCACCUCCUCAAUUGGUGCGGUCUACAUGGACCCGAGCCGUGACCCUGAAGCCGUCGUUGACGAAAGUUGCUGGAGUGAUCUUGAGUUCUGCAAAAACACCAAGAAUUGGUAUUGUUACGGCAAGAUGGUGGCGGAGCAAGCCGCGUGGGAGACGGCAGAGGAGAAAGGUGUUGACCUGGUGGUUCUGAACCCGGUGCUGGUUCUUGGACCGCCGUUACAGCCGACGAUCAACGCUAGUCUCUUCCACGUUCUUAAGUAUCUAACUGGCUCGGCUAAGACUUACGCUAAUUUGACUCAGGCUUAUGUGGAUGUUCGUGAUGUCGCACUAGCUCAUGUUCUGGUCUACGAGGCCCCCUCAGCCUCUGGACGCUAUCUCCUGGCGGAGAGCGCACUUCACCGCGGUGAAGUUGUUGAGAUUCUGGCUAAGUUAUUCCCGGAGUACCCAAUUCCAACCAAGUGUAAGGACGAGAAGAACCCUAGAGCCAAGCCGUACAAGUUCACUAAUCAAAAGAUUAAGGACUUAGGCUUAGAGUUCACAUCCACCAAGCAAAGCCUCUACGACACAGUUAAGAGCUUGCAAGAGAAAGGUCAUCUCCCUCCUCCUUCAACAUCUCAAGAAUCCAGCCAAAAUGGCAUCAAGAUCGAGUCUUGAAUAACUUAUUCCCUGGUGUAUUAUCCUUAGCCACUGGCGUUUCCUUUGUUUUAGAAAAAUAAACCAGAUGUUUAAUUAUUGUCUCUGGUUAUGUGAAACCUUUGUUUCAAAAUGUCUUGCUCUCUGUUUACUCGGAUCUUUAGCCAAAAACGUAUGAUGGAUUUUGAUUUUGUAUAAAGGCUUUCAAUGCUUCAUGUUUA